UAAAACUAACCAGACGCACGCCGUCGAGUCCAGUUCGUAUCGUAUCGUCGUGAGGAGAAGACGCUUUCGUCGUCCUCCUGUCUUCACGUAACGUGUUAUUACUAUUACGAACUUUUUUUUUUACUAAUCUCAGUUAUUCGUGUUUCCAACUUUUACCCACUUUCUUUCUGUUAGUCUUAAUGACUUUACGGACUUAUUCGUGCAUUUCACAAUAAACUUUAUCUAAUUUUAAUAUAAUAAGUAAUACAUAUCAAAAUGUUGUCAACAAAUCCAAACGCAAUCUUUCUCGUCCAAAUUUUUGCACUUUUCAUCAUAGAUGAAGUAUUUUCAGCUGGUGCUGAAUUCGCUAGUGUUAUGGUGAAUAGACCAAUUCAGAAAACCGCAGACGAGGAAAGGAUAAAUAAUGGGGAUAAUAAACUAUCGACAGGUCACACCAGGUGUUACUGCAACCUGCCUACCUGUAUAUCGGCCGGAUAUAUGUGCAUGUCGCCAUCCGGCGGUUGCUUUUCAAACAUGCUCCACCAAUCGACGUCGUCGUCCGGCGCCUACAAAGGACGUCACGGUUGCAUCGAACUCUUAACCGAUAAAGAACAAAGGGAAUGGUGCCAGCUAGAACCACACAGUAGCCACAAGAAGAAAUCCCAUUCGAGGUCACUUUUGUAUUGUUGUUACAGGGAUUUAUGUAAUCACGUCGAUAGUCCAGUAACAACACAUUUAAUUGAUGAAUCAGAAUUGUUAUUCAACGCCAGCAGAAAACAACAACCUUUAAAGCCCAGAUCACAAAUCGAAGAAUUAAGGUAUUCCGAAACCGAAGUUUGGUUUAAAGCUGCUACCAUUGCCGUUCCUAUUUGUGGUACCGUAAUUGUUUUGGUACUUAUUAUGUUGGCUGUGAGAUUAUUAAGAAGUGAAAAUAAUCAACAUGCGCGUUAUAAAUUAGGAGAGAAAUAUAUACCAAGUCAAAAUAAAAACAACAUGGAACAUCAUUAUAGACUUCCAAUUCAAAAAGAAAUGAUGCCUAUUCAUCAUAACCCUGUUUAUUCAAAUCAUCACACGGAAGAGCUUCAACAAAUUCGAGCCCCUUUAUUGGUUCAAAAUGAACUGGAAUCGUCUUUGAUGAAUUCAUCCCCAAAAAAUGUGAACGCAAAAUACGUAUCGCGAAAUCAUCAUCCGUAUAAUCAUUCAUUGUCGGAGAUCGAAGGUCACUACUUAAAUUUGGACAAAAUUGGUUUGAGUGAAUACGCUCACAGUUACCCAGAAGUCCAUCAUAAGAACUUAUUUUGUGAUAAUAUCAUAGUGAAGAACGGACUGAUGAAGACAAAGACUUACGAUAAGAAAUAAAAUUUUUUAUAACCACCACUAAUUUUUCCCUCCCAAAAAAAAAAGAUCUUAGACCAAGUAUUAAGGACUAAUAAAUUUUUGAUGGCUGUGACAUGGAAUAUGGACAUGAUUUAAAUGGGUACUACUAAAAGAAAAUAUUAAAAUAUAUGAAAAAUGAAGAGAAAAUAUUAUCGGAAGACUUGAAAGAUAAAAUAGGAAAAGAUUGAAUAAAAAAGAAAUGGUCGUUAUUAUUAAAAAAGUUAUUUGUACUUAGAUUAAUAACCGAUGUAUUCCUCUUAAAAAGCAACCAAAUACUGUGAUGGAAAUAAAAUCAUAUACUAUUCAAUCGAUUAAUGUGAUUUAUACAGAAUAAUUCUGUAUAAAAAAUGUGUCAUCGAUAAUUAUCAUUUUUUAUACCAGUUGGUUGUGUUCACAUACUUACUCAAUGCGUUUAUUUUUUAUUUUUCUUGUUGUGUAUAUUAAUGGCAUCCUCCCAAGAAGACUGUACUCCCUAGAAUAUCUAAAUACUUAUCUUUUUUAUUUUUCAUUACAUAUCUUAUCCAGUAUACAACUAUUAAACUGACUAACGCCUAUAACAUGUGCGUUAACUUAAUAGACCUAUGUAAAUUGUUUUUUUUAUUACUUUAUAAAUAUAUCUGUACUUGCAAUUUUUUAAUUUGUAAAUAAGUCUGUAUGAUAGUGUAUUCUUAAUUUUAGUUUUGUGAUGUAUUUAUGUAUAAAAAGCAGAUUCUCUUGCGUAAUUUUUAAGAUGAGUUAAUAAUAUUUAUUAUUAUGCCAAUUCAAUGAGGUAAUAAAAUGGAAUAUUUUCACA